AUGAGCGUCGACCCGCGUCUCCUGAUGAACGCGGAUGGUGGGGAGGAGGCGUUGAACGAGUUCAUCGAGUCAGGCAACGCGCCUGCAGACCUUCGUGCGCUCCGCGCUACGCCGCCGCCGAAGCGCGACGCCGAGGGUAACCUCAUCUACUCGUCAAGCGAGGCAGGCAGUCCGACCUCGCAUCGUCAGUCUUCUCCGGCGACGACGGCGGCGAACGGUGCCCAGGUUGGGUUUGCGGGCUCGGACGACGAGGACCAGGAGGAUGUCGACAUGGCAGGAACGAGUGGACAAGCUGCCGUCGAGCAGGCUUAUCCUUUCGCAGGGGCGGCGCCGGACGGGCAGAGCGGUUUCGCCGGGAGCGGAAGUGAAGACGAGAUGGAGGUCGACGUGGCGGACCGGCACACCCAGGUUCGGUACGGCUUUGCGGGAGACAGCGACGACGAGCCGGACACCAUGCAGGCCGAGCAACAGCCGCCUCUCGCAGCAGCAGCAGCAGCAGCAGCAGCAGCAGCAGCAGCACCGCCAGGUCCAGUGGCAGGCGGCUUUGCGGGAGACGGCGAAGACGAGGAAGACCACGACGCCGGCUACUUUCCCGCCCUCACGCCCUUCCCUCCGUCCUUCUCUCGCGAACCGACUUCGCAACCUGCACCGUCGACACAGAAGGGCGGCUUCGCCGGCUCUUCCGACGACGAAGAUGCCGGCGAUGACAGCGGCUACAUCGAGCAGAGCCGAGAUGAUGCCGCCCAUCGCGCAGGCCCAGACGCCAUGCCUGUGGACGCGGCCGCGUUGCGCUCGAACUCGAUCGAUCAGCAAGGCUUCGCCGGCAACGACGUCGACGAGAAGCCGACUGCAAGCGUACAGGGAGCGCCCGUCGAACGACAAGCUGGAGGUUUUGCCGGUGAAUCCGACGACGAUGACGAGCCGGGCGGACUUGCGCAUGACGGGGAGGCCCGUGGGCAGGGCUUUGCUGGCGAUUCCGACGAAGGCGAGCAGCGGGCCGCGGAGGAGUCGCAAGUAGGGGGUUUCGCAGGCGACUCGGGGGAGGAAGAGGACGUGAAGCCGAUGCUGCAGGAGCCUGUUGAGCAGCCAGCGCCGACGGGAGCGGAGCCAUCGGCAGCCUCACCGGCGGUUCCGUCAGCAGGUGCCGUAGGCGGAUUCGCCGGAAGCGACGAGGAAGAGGAAGAACCGCCGCCGCCCGCGACAGCUGCUCCGACUGAGACUCAGUCACAGCCAGUCGCUGCCGCACCGGUGCAACAAGCUGCAGAAGCGCCUCCGACGCCCGCCGGCAACAGCGCCGCACUUCUCGCGCCCAUCCGCACCGGGGCCGCUCCUCCCCGACCCGUCGCGGCUGUCGCUCUUUCGUCCUCGAGAAGCCCAUCGCCUGCGAAGGGUCCGAUCGUGUCCGAGCAGAUGUCGCCGCCGCCCGUGCCGCGUGGACCGAAGGUCCCUCACAAGCGACCUUCGCGUGACGAAGACUUCCCAACGGUCGGCACCAGCAGCAAACCGCCUACGGCGAAGAAGGUGAAGUCGAGCGACGGUGGUCGUGCGUCGUCAGAAGGCUCGGCCGAUCUGCGAGCGAAGAAGAUGGACGGCAAGAAGAAGGCUUCGGCCGAGUCGCCUGACGACGAGCGUCCGGCCAAGAAGAAGAAGAAGAAGCGCCGUGUCGUCGACGAUGACGAGGAGGAGGACCAGCAGCCAGGCUCGAAGGCGCCGCUCACGCAGGCGCAGCAGAUCGCGCGAAUGAAGAUCCGCAAGGUCGGCCCUUCCGUCCCGAAGGCUUCGCCUCAGGCCGCAUCACCAGUCGACCAGCAACGCCAGUCGCCGUCAGUCUCGGCAGACUCGUCUUCGCUGACCGGCAGCAGCAGCGCACAGGCGAAACAGGCCAAGAAGGCGCAGGAUCCGUUCAACUACGGUGUGGCGCAAGUGCGGUCCACAAAUGGCUUCGUUGCCAUCAACCGCGACAAGUUGAGCAUGAGGAAGCUCGGUCAGAAGCUUCGAGCCGCCUACAAUGUCACCCUUCCGCCGCAACUCGUGGGAGACGACGAUCAGAUCCGGUUCAUGUGGUCGGUCGGCUCUUCUCAUGGCGACCCUCUCCAUGGCGCCGACGACUUCGACGACAUUCUGCACAACGGAGGCCGCCUUCUGGAGGUCUUCAUCACGCAGCCGCCAGACGAGUCUCAAGCUGGCGUCGACAAGCGAGCGAAGCGGCACGGCGACGAGUACCUCGCUUUGCAGCUCGUCUUGUCGAGCUUCCAGAACGUCAAGCAAGCCGACGCUCCGCGCGACUCGGUCGCCGCCUGCUUCGUCCACGUCUCGGAACUGCCUGAACUUGGUCGCUUCCCCGGCAAGUACGCCGGCAUGGACCGCCUGCGCGACCAUCCCGGGACCGUCUUCUUCGUCUACGGCAUGGACGAACAAUCCCGACGUCGUGCUAUGCGGCAGAUCUGGCGACCCCUUCUCGCUGUUACGUUCACGCCUUCUGCUCUCACCCGCGACGCCCAGCGCAUCUGCGGCAUCGUCGAGCAAGUCAGCGAACGUGUCAACCAGGAGCUCGCCUCACGCGACGCCUUUCCUUGGGUGCCUCUCCAGUACUUCCUCCCUGGAGGAGCGUUCGGCGUCUCUGUCGACGCCGGAGGGAAAUGUCUAUCGCCUCGCCUCGACGAAGGUCUCGACCGGCGCACCGCCAAGCUCGCGCUCCAUUCGCUCCUCAUGAUGGACCAGCUCCGGAUCGCCAGCGUUGUGGCAACCGCCGAGCCCGCUUCCGCUUCGUCCAUCUUCCCUCGAACGUCCGACCGCGCGCCGUACAACCCGACAGUCUGGAAGCAAGUCGCCGAAUUCUACCCGCCGGAGAAGUGCGACCUCGACCUCGCACAGCUCCAGAAGCUCGUCUGCUUCUGGCGCUCCAAGUACUCACAGUUCCGAAACUGGGUCAUCGUAGCAACUCCCGACGAGCUGAAGACUUGCGCUCCGCUUCCUGGCAUCACGCUCGUCGACGUUGCGCAAGCGGAGAAGCUCUCCCGCUGA